UGCCUGGGCCUGCCCACCCAGCGGUCGGAGCACCAAGACUUGGGGUCCCCAUCCAGCCUGGUGCCGGGUCCUCUGGGGCAUCCACCCUCUGCCCUGGUCCAGGCCUGCCCCUCCCCCCAUCCGUCCCAGAGCUGUUGAGCGUCUGGGCUGACACUCCCCGCUCCCCAUCCCACUCCCGCCCCCAGGGGGGACAGCCUCGUCAAGGACAGGCGCUUGACAAGUUGGUCACAGGCUGCACCUUGUAUCGUGGGUAAGAAGAUAGGCAGUGAGGCGGGAACAGAAGAGGCUUUGAGAGCAGCACCCGGCACUGGUCCCCAAGGUCACAUCCCAGGAGGGGAGAGGGGCUGCUCUGCACAAACAGCCGGCGCUCGCCCACAGAAGCCAGAGCCACCCAGCCCCUCCCGGCAGCCGGGAUGCGGGCUCUGCUGCUCCGGCCACUGGCCCUGGUGCUGUUGGUGCUGGGGCCCCUGCUGGGAGCCGGGGCCCCCGGAGGAGAGGGCUCCAGCACCCUAGCCUCGCCCAGAGAGCCGGCCACAGGCGCGGGGGGGCUCAUCUUCCACCAAGACUGGGACUGGCCGCCAGGCAGCCCACAAGACCCCCUGUGCCUGGUGACCCUGGACCAGAAGGGCAAUAGGGGCAGCACCCCGCUUCGGGUGGCAGGGGCCCUGAGACGCUACGAGCACGCCUUCCUCGAGGCUGUGCGGCGGGCACGCUGGGGUCCCCGCGACCUGGCCACCUUCGGGGUCUGUGCCGCCAGCGCCGGGCAGCCCGCCCUGCUCCCUCUGCGGCAGCUGCAGGCAUGGCUGCGGGAGCCCGCGGGGCGGCGGCUGGCCGUGCUACACCUGGAGGAAGUGACCUGGGAGCCGACACUCUCACUGAAGUUCCAGGCGCCCCCACCUGGAGGAGCCGGUCCUCUAGAGCUGGCGCUGCUGGUGCUGUACCCUGGGCCCGGCCCCGAGGUCGCUGUCACCGGGACUGGGCUGCCAGGCACCCAGAACCUUUGCUGGUCCCGGGACGCGCGCUACCUGGUGCUGGCCGUGGACCACCCAGCGGGGGACUGGCAGAGCCCUGGGGUCACCCUGACCCUGCAACCCCAAGGAGACGGCCACACAGGUGCACCCCUGAGCACCACCCAGCUGCAGGACCUGCUGUUCGGCCCCAACCCCCGCUGCUUCACGCGGAUGACCCCGGCCCUGCUCCUGCUGCCACUGCCCGGGCCCACACCAAUGCCCGCGCACGGCCUCCUGGAGCGAGUGCCCUUCCCGCCACCCAGGCUCCCCCAGGAGCAGCAGGCCAAGGAGCCACCGCCCGGCGCAGACCCCUUCCUGGAGACGCUCACGCGCCUAGUGCGCGCCCUGCGGGGCCCCCCCGCCCAGGCCUCGCCAACGCGCCUGGCGCUGGACCCGGGCGCGCUGGCCGGCUUCCCGCAGGGCCUCGUCAACCUGUCGGACCCCGCGACACAGGAGCACCUGCUCGACGGCGAGGAGCCGCUGCUGCCGCUGAUGCUACCACGGGCCUCGGCCACGGCCGGGGACCCCGCGCCGCUGCAGGGCCCCGAGGCCGCGCCCUGGGCCGCGGGCCUAGCGCAUCGUGUGACAGUGACCAAGCAGAGGGACACGGAGAUGGGCCAGCAGAGCCUCCUCUUCCAGAUUGACUACCCUGAGAUCGCCGAGGGCAUCAUGCCCCGCCACCGCUUCAUGUCCCGCAGCGCGGGCGCCGGGGCGGCGGACGGGCCGUGCGCGCUGCGCGAGCUGAGCGUAGACCUGCGCGCCGAGCGCUCGGUGCUCAUCCCCGAGACGUACCAGGCCAACAACUGCCAGGGCGCGUGCGGCUGGCCGCAGUCCGACCGCAACCCGCGCUACGGCAGCCACGUGGUGCUACUGCUCAAGAUGCAGGCCCGCGGCGCCGCCCUGGCGCGCCCGCCCUGCUGCGUGCCCACGGCCUACGCCGGCAAGCUCCUCAUCAGCCUGUCGGAGGAGCGCAUCCGCGCGCACCACGUGCCCAACAUGGUGGCCACCGAGUGCGGCUGCCGGUGACCCCCGCGCCGGCCGCCAGUGGCGUCCCCGCCCAUAUUUAUUCAGACCCCAAUCCUCGCCCCAAUAAAGACCAGCAAACACUA